AUGGCGACUGUUGUGAUGAGCCGAGUGUCCAUUUUUUUGCUCUGCAUUUCUGCCCUGGUUUCCGAACAACUUCGCUACUCGAUUCCCGAGGAAAUGGAACAUGGAACCUUUGCUGGCAACGUCGCUGACGAUCUAGGAUUAAGGGUUUGGGAGUUACCGACUCGCAAAUUACUGCUGAUUUCUGAUUACUCGAAGAAAUACAUGGAGGUAAAUGUAGAAAAUGGUUUCCUUUUUGUUAAUGAAAGAAUCGACAGAGAACAGCUUUGUAGCAAAACCGCUGCAUGUUCUCUUUCUUUCCAAAUCACGCUCUAUGAUCCUUUGGAAAUGUAUCCCGUUGAAGUGGAAAUACUAGACGUAAAUGAUAAUUCACCCGUCUUUUCGAGGAAGGAAUUCGAUUUGCAAAUUAAUGAGUUAAUUGCGCCGGGCGCUCGCUUCCCUCUCGAGAGCGCACGUGAUCUGGACGUGGGUAAAAACACAAUCAACACCUACCAGAUCAAUCCGAACGAGCACUUCGGUAUUAAAGUGCAGACAAGAAGAGGGGGGAAUAAAAAUGUCGAGCUGAUAUUAAAGAGGCAUUUGGACCGUGAACAACAGUCAAUGUUUACUCUAGUGUUGACGGCUAUCGAUGGUGGGAUUCCGCAGAGAUCUGGCACAGCGCGGAUCAUCAUUAAUGUCAUGGACGCAAAUGACAACACACCCGUAUUCGAUCAUGAAACCUACAGGGCGUCAGCGAUUGAAAACAUUGCGAAUGGCACUUUAGUGCUAAGAGUUCAUGCUACUGAUAUUGAUGAAGGGACAAACGCGGAGAUAACAUAUUCUUUCACUCAUUACGUUUCCCAGAAUAUUCGUGAUUUGUUCAAAUUGGAUCCUGUGUCUGGAGAAAUCAGAGUUCGAGGUGUACUAGAUUUUGAAGAAACAAAUGUUUAUGAAUUUGACGUUCAAGCAAUGAACUCCGCUCCACCUGAAUUCUCAACUCUUGCAAAUGUUGUCAUUGAUGUAAUUGACACUAAUGAUAAUACUCCUGUGUUGCAAGUUACGAUGGUGUCCAGUGCUGUGCGGGAAGAUUCUUCUUCGGGAAUUAGUGUAGCUCUGAUCGGCGUCACGGAUCGCGAUUCUGGCGAAUAUGGGGAAGUUCAUUGUCAAAUCCCAGAGAAUAUUCCCUUCAAGAUUGAAAAAUCUUUGAAGGGCAACUACAAGUUGAUUACCAAUGGCUUUCUGGAUCAUGAGAUUACCCCACUGUACAACAUCUCCAUUUCAGCCUGGGACGGUGGAUUUCCUCCUCUUUCAGCGAGUACAUUAAUUGUGGUUUCAGUAAUUGAUGUCAAUGAUAAUUCACCAAGUUUUACGCAGUCGUCAUAUAACGUUUAUCUGAUGGAGAAUAACGCACCCGGUGCUUCUAUAUUUGCUGUUAGUGCAAAUGAUGCUGAUUUGAAUCAGAAUGCAGAAGUCUCUUAUUCCAUUGUCGACAAUCGACAGAAAGAAGAAAUACCUUCCUCUGCGUACUUUACGAUGAACUCCAAAAAUGGGAACAUUUACGCGCUUCGCUCCUUCGACUACGAGCAACAGAAACAUUUCCAGGUGAAAGUUCAAGCUCAGGAUAGUGGGUCGCCUCCAUUGACCAGCACUGCCUUUGUGAAUGUUAUUAUUUUGGAUCAAAAUGACAAUGCACCCAUUAUUGUUUCACCUUUAACAUGGAACAGCUCAGCAAUAGUGGAGGUAAUACCCCUUUCAACAUAUCCAGGAUAUCUGGUCACCAAGGUAAUUGCCACGGAUGAAGACUCUGGUCAGAACGCAAGGCUUUCCUACGAGUUAUUGGAAACCACUGAUCCAAGUCUUUUUACUGUUGGACAUCUCUCUGGAGAAAUUAGAGCAACGCGAGCAUUUAGUGAUCAAGAUAUCAUUGACGUGCGCGUGGUCCUCAGCGUGAAGGACAAUGGACAGCCGAGCCUUUCCAGCAGGGCCACAAUAUCCUUUAUCGUAAAGUCCAAUGUUACUGAGAAAUCAUUUGAACAACGUGAUGGACCCAGACACUCGGAAUAUUUUUCAGGUAUAAAUAGUUAUCUAAUCAUAAUUUUCGGAUCCACUUCCUUUUUGUUUCUCAUAAUAAUAUUAUUUUUGCUCACCCUGAAGUGCAGACAAGAUAGAAAUACUGCUGAAAUUUAUAGCUCUGCAGUCUGUUGUUGUAAUGGGGGAAAUUCGACUGAUGCCUUUAAUCGGACACCAACAGGAAGGGAUCCUUUGAAUUAUAGCGGGGCAGUUCAGACCGGAAGUUAUCAUUACAGUGUGUGCUUGUCACCGGAAUCAUCGAAGAGUGACUUUCUGUUUUUAAAACCUUGUCAUCCUACGUUGCCUUUCAACGAUCGGAGUGUUCGUGACAGCAACGCAAGAAACUAACUUCGACAACAAUAUAUUCUUUUUGUGGCAGGUAAUUCUUGAUGAAUAAUUACGUAUUAUGUUUUCAAGUGUAGAGUCCGAGUCACUGGUAUACAGACAGGACUUUCAUAUUGAUAUUGGAAAACUUAUUGCACACGUUUC